AUGGCAAUUGAUGAAGAUGAGGUUUUAGGUGGUAUUGAUGCCUUAGUGGAAGAUCGAAUAAGAGGAGAACCCAACGAUGCACCCCAGAAUGAGGAAGUACAAACGUUUGAUAAACUAUUGAAUGAUGCCAAACGUGAGGUGUACUUAGGUUGCACAAACUACACUCUGUUGAAGUUUGUCAUCGAGUUGCUUAAUAUGAAGGUAACAAACCACUGGAGCAAUAAGUCGGUUAACACACUAUUGGAGUUUUUAACAAAACUUUUACCAAAAGAUAAUUUGGUUCCAAAGUCAUUUUAUGAAGCUAAGAAAAUACUUCGUGAUUUGGGCUUGUCAUAUGAGUUAAUUGAUGCUUGUAUAAAUGAUUGUGUACUCUUUUGGAAGGAAAAUGCAAGGUUAGAUAAAUGUCCAAAAUGUAAGGCAUCCAGAUACAAGAUCAAUCGUGGUAGGGGUAAGAAGAUUCCCCAUAAGGUGUUGCGGUACUUCCCAUUAACACCAAGGUUGAAAAGAUUGUACAUGUCAAGAAAGACUGCUGAGGACAUGAGAUGGCACAAGGAGAAACGUAUAGAUGACGGAGUAUUGAGACAUCCCGCCGAUAGUGAUGAAUGGAAGGAAUUUGAUGUGCAACAUCCUCAGUUUGCCCUGGAGCCUCGAAAUGUGAGGCUAGGGUUGGCUGUUGAUGGGUUCAAUCCUUUCGGGAACAUGAGCAACUCGUAUAGUUUAUGGCCUGUAGUACUCAUUCCUUAUAACUUGCCACCUUGGUUGGUUAUGAAAGAUCCCUUUCUUAUGAUGUCACUACUUAUUCCUGGAGAAUCACAACCAGGGAUCGAUAUUGAUGUCUACAUGAGACCUCUGGUGGAUGAGUUGAAUGAGUUGUGGGAAAAUGGUGCAUUAUCUUACGAUGCCGUAACUGGUGAGUCUUUCCAGAUGCGUGCAGCUUUGAUGUGGACUAUACACGAUUGGCCCGCAUUUGGUGACAUAUCUGGGUGGAGAACAAAGGGUCAUUAUUCUUGCUACACUUGCAAUGAUGAACCAUAUUUUCAAUCCUUGAAAGGUAAGACUGCAUACACUAACCAUCGAUGCUACUUGCCUCAAAACCACCCCGAAAGGCGAAAGAGUAAGGCUUACAAUGGUAAGCAUGAGAAGCGAAAGAGAUCUUUAAAGUUACCAGUGGAAAAGAUAUUAGAGCAAUUGGAUAGAGUGACAGGUGUCACAUAUGGGAAGCAUCCAAGAAAUAAGAAAAGACUCCGUCAGGCACCAAAUUGGACAAAGGUAAGCAUCUUGUAUGAGUUACCAUACUGGAAGAAACGGAAGCUUCGUCACAACAUUGAUGUUAUGCACGUCGAGAAGAAUUUUAGUGAAAAUACCUUUGGAACUAUGUUAGGCAUUGAUGGAAAGAACAAAGACACCGACAAAGCACGGAUGGGCUUGGAAGAUAUGGGUAUAAGGAAAGAGUUGUGGUUAACACGUCGUCCUGAUGGAACUUAUGUCAAACCUAGGGCAAUCUUUUCAUUGACCCCUGAAGAGAGGGAGGGUUUCUUUGAAUUCUUGAAAUCAGUGAAGUAUCUGGAUGGCUAUGCUGCAAACAUAUCAAGAUCAGUGAAUGCGAGAAAUGGUAAAUUAACAGGCUUGAAAAGUCAUGACUGCCAUGUACUCAUACAACGGAUUCUUCCAAUUGGGAUGCGUGGUUACGUAGACAAAGAGAUUAGUAAAACACUAUUUGAGUUAGGUAGCUUUUUCCAGGAUUUGUGCUCAAGGACACUGCGCUGUAAUGAACUUGAGAAAUUAGAGGAACGUAUAGUACACAUAUUAUGCAAGCUUGAAAAGAUCUUUCCUCCAGCCUUCUUUGAUGUGAUGGUUCACUUGGCCGUUCACUUGCCGCGUGAGGCUAUUCUUGGAGGACCGGUGCAAUAUCGAUGGAUGUACCGGAUUGAAAGGUUUCUCGGAGCUUUAAAAAAGUUUGUUACAAACCGAGCUCGACCAGAAGGUUCAAUCGCAGAGGCUUACAUUGUCAAAGAGUGCAUUACUUUUUGUUCAAUGUAUGUUGAUGGGAUCGAAACAGUGCAUAAUCGACUCGAACGAAAUCAAGAUCGUGGCGAACGUCGCAAAGGGUUAACUGUAUUCACAGAAACUGCCCGUCUUAUUGGCCUAAUCAUAAGGGAUGCUGAUAUGUCACAAGAAUAUCGUGAUAUGGCUCAUUGGUUCUUGUUGAACAAUAGCCCCGAGAUAGAGAAGUAUCUAGAUUUGAGAGUUGCAGAGUCAUUAGGGGUAACCGAUGAAUUGUGGUCAUUAGCAAAUGGUCCUAAUUUACCAGUGACUAGUAAAAGAUGUGAAUGGUACAACACAGGAAAUACAGGUCGAAGUAGAACAUUGCGAACUGAUGAUUAUUGCACAAGUAUUGAUGUCACAAGUCGGUGGUAUCAACACGACCCUUUUAUCUUGCCUAGCCAGGCUAAGCAAGUCUUUUACCUAAAUGAUACCAAAUGGGGACAACCUUGGCAAGUCGUUCAACGAGUGCAACAUAGGGGUGUCUUUGAUGUACCAGAGGUAGGUGAUGGAGAAUCAUUACAUGAACCAGAAGAAAACGAUGUGUUCCAACAAGAAAAUAUUACCGAUGUUGUUCCAAUUGACAUCGGCCCUAAUGUUCAAUGUUAUAGAGAUGGUGUUGAAGCAGAAGUUGUUACAAGGGUUAGGUCAUCUGAUGAAACAAUGAUAGAGAAUAGAGCUGACAAACAAAAUGAAGAGUGUGACGAACCUGAUGUGGAUUACGAUAUGGAUCUUGAUGUAGACUAG